AUGUCUGUGUAUUAACAAUUUAAUGCAAAUGUUGUGCUUGUUUAUGUUAGAGGUUCUGAGUGCCUGACCCAGAUAUUAUAUAUGUAUACUUAUUGUCUUUGUAAGCCACUGAUUGCUGUUGUUUGUUUACUUGAUCUUCAAUGAACUACUCUUAUCAACUAUAAACUGUUAAUCAAUUACUGAUACGCCGCAGAGAAACGGAAGGCUUCACCAUGCACUGUGUGACAGAUACACUGAGUCAUUUCGUCUCAACACAUGAUGCAAUUACAUUAAAUAAUCAGCAUAAAUGGGAAAACUGGCUCCUUUUCCUUCUCAACAGCAAAGUUCAGCGGAACUGCAGGACAGAAAUAGAAACGUUACAUUUUGCAAUCUGACUUCAUCUUUUUUUUGAUGAAUCAUAUCAUCCUUCCUUUGUGGGGUCUACUGCCUGCAGGCUGCCUUGCAGAAGCAUGCUUAGAAGCAGCGCUAAAAGAAGGCCGAAAUGCUUCCUUCCACAUUGAAAGUGUUUAGAGGAAUUGAGACACUUCUGUUUUAUGUGUGCCAGAAACAGCGGUAUUGAAUUGCAAAAGAAAUGAAGUUUAUACUUGGUAAGCAGAUGUCUGGGGAAAGGCUAAAGUUGUGGUGUGGAAUUUCUUUCAGAAAUAUUUGAAAACUCCCGUAAAUGUGCAAAGUAACAUCUGUUUUAUUUUCUAAAUUUGGCAGCGGUGGCUCAAAUUCAGCUGCAUGAUUUGGUUCAGUGUUGUCCAACUUUGACCAUCUUUUUUAAGAAAAUGUAAUCUCUCAAACGGGAUUUUAGCUUGCAGCUCAUUAACUCCUGUGUCUGUUCCAGAUGCCCAGUUGGCGCGCCGUUUUCCUUCUUUGGUGCAUAAUGAGCUGCGUGGAAUCUGCUCCUACAUCGCCAUUUGUCCAGAAAAAUAAAUACAAGAACUCAUUUCGUCUCACAAGAUCCACGCGAACCAGGGUGCAGAACCUUCUGAAGAAAUAUAAGGAGCAGCAGAUGGGAAACGUACAUUUCGAGGACCGAAGCCACAGCUUGAGAGAUCUGCCUUCGCUUUCCACAGACUUCAACAACUGGCUUCAGCUGUCGGACUGGGACCGUCUAGACGGAGCGUUCAGGGACAUCCAGUCCUACUGGAGCAUGCUGGAGAGGAAGAGGAAGCAGCUGGAGAAGGAGCAGAACAUGCAAAGGACGGCAGCCAGUUUGCUUCAGAGCGUCAAACACAUUCAGCUGGACUUACGGGACCUGAUGAGCCAAGUCAGCAGUCAGAUGAGAGCCGUAAGGAGUUCCUGGGUCAGACCGACACCUGCUGCAACGCUCCAGAACCGACAGAGGAGCUCCAGAACCAUGUGGGAAAGCAGAGUGGAGGGUUACAUCAUUCUCAGGGACCUAGACCUUUACCUCACCAAACUAGCAAGGGACUUUCUUCUGCUGGCCUCCAAGACACACUUGUGACACAAAAAGACUGCUUAGACAGAAGACUUAGGACAAAAACUGAACCACCAGCCCACCAGCUAUGGGAUUAACAGCUGUAUAACAUUAAUCUGAACAUUGGAUUACUUUUUUUUCAAUGAUGUACUUCUGAAUAUCCCAGGGCAUUUUGGGGGUAUUUCCCAAAGUUUCUAUCUUUCCUCUAAUUGGACGUUAGACACAUGUCUCCAACAAACGUCCCAACAUCCUGUUUUUCCACCACCGCCUCAAUCUUCAGGACUUUCCAAAGAAGUAUUUGCUAUUUAUUAUUAUAUUUAUUAAUGUGCUAUUUAUUUUUAAAGUGGUUUAUUUGAACAUGUCAUGAGCAGAGAAAUAGUGUUUUACAGAGAGUAUUUUGUACUGAACAGUGUUGCUGAAGAGUUUCAAUAAAUGAGCUGAGAAAAACAGUGAAGACUUCAUGUUUCUAACAUUUAAAUAGUUAAUAGUAGUUGCUGUAAGUCAAGGUAUAAAAGAAGUCAUGUUUCAUAUUUUCAGACAGCUCCAAACCAACAGCUGUGAAAUGUUUGGAGUCAAAGUCCUUCAGUCUUGGUUAUAGCGUCUGACCUGACGUUUGAGUAAAGGGUCAUUUCACUGCUUUUAAAAAAUCCAGACGAAAGUUGCUCAGCUCAAGUUCAAGAUCUAAAAACAAUUAAAACGGUCAAAACUUGGUUAAAUUGUUACACAUAAGGCUCUGAUUUGAGACACUUGUAUUUGUGUAUACAGAAAAAAAAGAGUUAAUCUUAAUUAUUUAUUGAUGCAACAAAGCAUUGGCAAGUUAUCGCUACCAAGAUAUAGAUUUUAAAGCGUUUCAAACUGCACAUAUGUUUGGAGGUACUUUUAAUGAGAGAAACUUAUCAGAGUUUUAUUUAGCGCUUUGAAGUGUUAACCCUUCCCUCCCACACGUCUUUCUUGAUUACAAGAAAAGGCAAAUUUGGCUGCUUGAAAGUAAUUCUGGUUUUUAAAGACACAGAUAAAUGCUAUAUAUUGUGAAAACUAAUUUCAAAAACAGCAGUGAGGAUGCAUUGCGUCACUUUUAUUAAGGUGAGAGAAAAUAUUUUAGMGCGAGUGUGAUAAGGAGCAUUUCUGUUACAAGUCAACAAUGUUUUUCAUAUAUUUUUAAGUAUUAAAAUAAAAAUUACAUUAAAUAAAUGGUGCACAUAACAUUAUUAAAAUAAGAAAAAACAACCUUUAAUGUUAAUUUAGCAACAGCACAAAUAAUUGUUGCUUCCGUAUAAAAGCAAUUAUACGAUAUCACACAUUUUACUUUUAAUAUGACGUGAUAUUUUUUACUCAUUGUGAAAAUCUCGUACUACCCCAUGACUAAUUUUGAUUUUCUUUGUGUACAUCUCUAAUUACCUCUGGGUUUGUUACUGUUAGAAAAAGGUCUUGCMAUAUGUUAUUGUUACUAUCAAUUUGACAUAUUGUGUUUAAUUUCUUUGUAAAUUCUUGUGUUCUUUGUGCAUUUGGAUUUAUUUCUCUUGUAUUUCUGUCUGGUCAGGGGUUUGUACUUYCUUUGGGUCUCAGUUUAAUCUCAUUUUGUGUCAUUCUUCUUCUUCUUCCUUCAGUUUGCCUGUUUGAUCUCUUCCAYAGCCGUUCCUUACUCUUUGACUACCACUCAUACACUCCACUGCUCCCCCARUAUGUGAACUCACUGGUUUUCAUUGCUUUUUGCUGGUUUUCUUUUCGCUUCACUUCUGCCUCUGUGUUUUCCCCGUAUUUGGAUCCUUGAAGCUGCAGCUCAGACUUAGGGUCUCAGUUCAGACCUGAUUAUUCUAGACCAAUUUCAGGCGAUCAGAAAAAUAAUUUGUGAUUUGUGAAACAUUUAUUCUUUCAAUUCUGAAACACUUGUCAAAUUGUUCUACAAAUUGUUUACAAUUAUUUGUGUAACCUUGUUCUGUUGGCACUUAGACCAUCUUAUAUKGAGUUCUUCUUGAAAACUGUCAUUUAGAGAAGUUUAAUCUGUACUAAAUUAUUCUGCUCUGAUUCAGACUCUUUAAAACAAUUUGUGUUCAGAUGUUUUUAUAAAUCAUAUUUCUGAACACUUUAAAAUUUAGACCACCUUUCACCUAAGGUUGUCUAAAUAUCAAAAACAGAGUACCGUAAUUCUUAUUUCUCCUUUUCAAAAACAGAAAAAAAAAUGUUUCACAGAUCAUAAACUGUUGAAAUCUGUUCAAUAUUUAUUCUUUUCCACCCAUGAAACAUAUUUCUUCUAAYGUCUCUGGAAAAGGAGAGACUCAACAUCAGUAAUAGGACAAUUUUAGUUMAUGUCCUGGAUAUUUCUGUUUAGUGGUUCUUGAAUCAGUAACUCAAAUCUCCGUUUACACUUUUUUAAAUCCAAAACUCUUGCCUGAGUUUUGUCCCACAAUCUUCUCAAUUUUUUCCAUGUCACUUUUUUCCUCCACUUAACCUUCCACUGAGUGGAAACCGUCCUUUGCAAAUAUCAAGAUUGUUCAGGAAUGACAUUUUGUGGCUGAGCCUGGGGGUUUUUAAAUAUGGUUUGCUGGACCUCUGCCAAGUCAGCAGUCAUCCACAUGACUGCGUGGGCUAUAACAUUUCUGUAUUAAAAAUCCCUUUUUGUAAUUAAUAGUACAAUUUUCUGAGAAACCGAACUUUAGGUUUUCAUAAAAGCAAAAAUUAUUCAAAUUAACCUAAUGAAUAAGAAUGCGUCGUUGUGUGUGGUCAGUCUUGUUGAACUGAAGAGUUGAAUCAACUUUUUUUUUUUUUAUCUUCUAAUUUACUGAGAUCCACCUGUUCAUGGCAU